GUGAGUGUGAGUGUGAGACCAGGCUCCUAGUCCUAGCUCCACCCCGAAGCACGCUCCUCCUGCCCGGAAUCUGCCCCCUCCUCACGCCUCCCCCAGAGCCCCGGCGCCUCCUCGGACCCCCGCCUCACUCUGUGAUUGCCGCUUCCCUCUCCCCGCCCGGCUCCCUCUCUCCCUGCCCUGCACCCAGCCCCGGGGCAUCUCCUCAGCGCCCGCCAGGUGAGCGUGGAGCUCCUCCUUCCACGGCUAAGCGCUCCGAGGGCGGGGACUUGUUGGUCCUGCGCUUUUGCCCCAGGCCGGCUCCCCAGGUGUGGGUGGGGGCGGGCGCCCCGCACUGUGCACCCGCGCGCACCUUGGUCCGGCGCUGGUGCCCGGAGGAGGCGCCUCUAAGCCAGCGGCUGGCGGGAGCCCCGCCCUCCAGGCUCAAGCCUUCAAAUACGCCGUCCCGGGCCGCGGGGGCACCGAGCUGCAGCCCGCCGGCUCCCCCCUCCCCUCCGCCCACGCGCGCGGCCCCCCUGUCAUCUCCGACCCCGGCUGCCUGGGCAGCCUCGCAGGGAGGCUCCCGGAGGGCGAGCCAGUCACCCCCGCUGCGGCCGGUGGGCACUGCCGGCUCCCUCUGGUGCGGAAAGCAGAGAAGAGAGAGAGACAGAGACAGACGGAGACAGAGAGAGAAAGAAAAGGAGAGAGACAGAGAGAGAGACACACACAGACAGAGACAGAGAGACAAAGAAAAGGAGACAGAGAGGAAGAGAGAGACAGAGACACAGAGACAGACACACACAGAGAGAAAGACAAAGAGAGUCAAGACACAGAGAGAAGAGAGACAGAGAGAGACGCAACAUCCAGCAUCCCCCGAAGGAAGCACACUUGAUAUCCCCCAAGAUGAAUUUGCUCCUUGGAUACUGGAGGCUCUCGCUCCUUGCUGUCUGCCUACCUUUCUUCCCAGCUUAUCCUACCCCUGUGCUAGCAAAGGAUUCUGAGGUCCAGUGUGAGAAUUUCAAGAUGGAAUCUGAGUGUGAGACCAGUGAACAUCCCCAAUCGAGUCUUUGGAGCAAGGCAACAGUGAAAUCUCUUGCCUGUGAAGCUUGUAUAAAUGUGAUGAGUGUAAUUGGCAACUUUAUGGAAAGUGAUUCAGAGGAACUCAAGGAUUUAUGUGGCUAUACUGGGGUCUGUGACCCAGGGAAGGAAAUGCCAGGGGCUGCCAGCGACGAGGUCCCUGAGCCAGAGUCGGUGGAGAAGAAUUUGGUUCAGGAGAAGAUUGGUCCUGCUUGUGAACUGUGUCAGUAUGUCAGCACAGAGAUUGACAAAUUGCUGAAUAACAACCCGAAUAUGCAUCAGAACCUGCGUCAAUCACUCGGGUUGUCAGAGGAGGUGAUUAACGCAGCAAAGGAGGUGUGCUCGGCAAUCCCCAGCUACGUGGCUGGGAGCUGCCAAGACCUGGUCAGCACCCAUGGGCUGAGUAUUAUGCACCUUCUCCUGGAGGAGACUGACCUCGACUCCGUGUGCACCACUCUUAACAUUUGUGAAGGGAAAGCACCAGCACGGGCAGUUAACAUGGCCACGUUUAAGAGCAAUAUCUUCUGUGAAGUGUGCAAGAUGGUCGACGGCUACUUGGACCAGAACCUGGACAAGAACAGCACGCAGGCCAUGAUUCUCUCUGCCUUUGAGAAGGCUUGCAGCAGGCUGCCAGGAGUUUACAAGGAGGAGUGUGAUCUGUUUGUGAAAAAGUACGAGCCCAUGCUGAUAGAGGCCCUGCAUGACGAGAUGGAUCCUGAGUCUCUGUGUCCGAAAAUUGGGGCUUGCCCCCCAACUCCUGCUAAGCCUCUGUUGGGAACUGAGCACUGUGCCCGGGGCCCCAGCUACUGGUGUGAGAACAUGGAGACGGCAGCUCAGUGCAACGCUGUUGAGCACUGCAAGAAGCAUGUAUGGAGUUAGAAGACAUCCCUUCUCUCUUGGAAGCAUUACACUUUCUAUUUGUGUGUCUGGGGGAAUACACAGAUCUGAUUUUUUCCCUGUUUUUAAAUGAGCCCGUAUCUUCUUCUCCCUCCAUCCUGUCACUCUUGUUCCAUUUGCCCAUCACUGCCAUGGGUCUGAAAGGCACCAUAUUGACCAUGUCAUUGUGCUUUUUCCUCCUCCGCUAGAAGAAUGAUGGGCAAUGAAUGCAUCAUGGACUAGUGGGAUGGUGGAGAUGUAGGUUGGGGGGAAGGCGGGAGCCUGGGAAUAGGGAUGACAGUAGCAUGGGCCCAGCCCACUGACGGUCAGAUCGAGGGCUUCAAACUUAUUUCUUAGCUGUUUAGAACUGUCCUAGGCUUAGGCUAUUAUGGGCCUCCCUUAACUUAUUGGUUUGUCUUAUAUAUUCAGGGUAGAAGAAAGACAUAAUUUGUCCUUAAGUGUAAAAAUUCUGAGUCCUUCUUGGUUUUUUAAACUGGUUUUGCUGCAGUGUAGAGGAGUCCCAGUCUCCUCACUGAGAGCUGCUGUUGGCUUAGAAAGGGAGGGGAAGGGGAGAGCAGGAGAGGUUUUUGGGUUUGAGGGAGUCCAGUUCUGAUUUCCUUGAAUGCUCCACUCUUGGGUUAUAGCUUUCUCUUGUUGUCUGUUUCUUUGUGCUACAUUUCUUGAGCUUUUACUUUGAAGAGGAUUUGGGGAGUGGGACAGAGCUGUGCCUGGGCCGUAUUGCAGGAUGGGUAGCACUGGGGAUUGUGCCUACAGGACUUCUCAGAGUCCUCCACUUAUGUGGUGAAUAUAAUGGUGCUUGCUGAGCUCAAGGACAAAGAAUCUUUUUCUUCUAGCUCUGGGUGAAUGUUUUGCUGGUGCCUGGGCUUGCUUUCCAUAGAACUCUGAGCACAUCACACAGUUCCCAGGGCACUGCUUCAGCCCCUUCCUAUCUUAAUUGUCAUCAUUAUUAUCAUUUUUGCUGAGGCAAUUGGGGUUAAGAGACUUGCCCAGGGUCACACAGCCAGGAAG